AUGGAGAAGGUCCUCGUCCUUCUGCUGGUUGCCCUCGCAGUGGCCUACGCGGUGCCUGACCCUCGGGGAAUCAUUAUCCACCUGGAAGACGGUGAGCUCUGCCUGAACAGCCUUCAAUGCAAGAGCAGGUGCUGCCACCGUAGCACGGGGCUGAGCCUGGCCCGCUGCGCACCCAAGGCCAGUGAGAACAGCGAGUGCUCUGCCAAGACACUGUAUGGGGUUUACUACAAGUGUCCCUGUGAGCGGGGCCUGACCUGUGAGGUUGACAAGACCAUCGUGGGCUCCAUCACCAAUACCAACUUUGGCUUCUGCCACGAUGCUGGACGCUCCCGGAAGUAA